AUGGGUUCGAUCAUGCCCGCCAUCGAAGAGCCGCGCAUGCGUGGAGGAGCGGACGAAUUCGCCCAUGAAAAGGAUCGCCAACAAACCUCCACCUCUAUUCUGCCAACUCUCGAGAAAAACCACCCAAGUCGUUAUGUGCUCGGAUUAUUUCGCGUCGACAGCGCCGGAGAAAGCGGACGGACAGGGAUUCAUCCCAUCCACUUCUUUCGAGUGGUUUUCAAGAGUGUUUGCACUGCUUCGAUGCUGGUGAAUAUUCUCUGGCCCUUCGUUCCAGCUGCGAUUGUCAUGCAUUUUGCUCGACCGGACCUGCAUGUUUGGGUCUUUGUGCUCAACUAUAUUGCCAUGGUUCCCUCCGCCAAUGUCCUCGGAUUCGCAGGUGGAGAGUUGGCUAAAAAGCUGCCCAAAACAUUGGGUGUUCUACUGGAGACGGGGUUGAGUUGCUCGGUUGAACUGGUACUUUUCAUGGUUUUGCUUCAUAAUGACAAGAAGGGAGAAGGCAACCUGAUACCCGUUAUUCAAGCUGCCAUUCUCGGUUCAAUCUUAGCAAACCUGCUACUGUGUUUGGGCACCUGCUUCUUCGUUGGAGGUCUUAGGCGCAAUGAGCAGGUAUUCCAUGAAGCUGUCAGUGAGGUAGGCACCGGCUUGUUGCUGGUCGCUGGCUUUGGGUUGUUGAUUCCCAGCGCUUUCUACUCUGCGCUGAAAUCGGCCACCAAUGCGGAAUUUACUCUAGCCAUGCUGCAAGACUAUACCAUGCAGAUUAGUCGCGCCACUGCUGUCGUGCUUCUGGUCGCCUUUUUAGUAUUUUUGAUUUUCAAUCUGCACAGUCACAACUCCAUCUUCGACGACAUUUUGGAACUGGAUGAGGCCCAGGAUGAGGACCGACACAAAGAACUGAAGCGAGCAAAGCUCACCUUUGCAGAAUGCCUGGUGGCCAUUGCAGUUGCUCUGACCUGUGUUAGCAUGUCAGCCGUGUUCUUGGUCCAAGAAAUUGAACAUAUCGUCGCCCGAGGAGUUUCUGAUAACUUCUUGGGCUUGAUAUUAGUGCCCUUAGUAGAGAAGGCAGCUGAACAUCUGACUGCCGUGGAUGAGGCCUGGGAUAACCAAAUUAACUAUGCCUUAUUCCAUUGUAUGGCUCCCUCGAUCCAGACCGCUUUGCUGAAUGCUCCCCUGGCAGUCCUGGUGGGAUGGGGCUUAGGCAAGGAUAUGAGUCUCAAUUUCGAGAUUUUCAUGGUCAUUCUCCUGGUGUUGUCCAUUCUAGUUGUUGGCAACUUCCUGAGAGACGGAAAGUCCAAUUACUUGGAAGGUGCCCUUUGUGUGUUGAUUUACGUCAUUAUCGCUGUCACCACCUGGUACUAUCCCAGUGUUGAAGUCGCAUCGACUAAUCAAGCCUAA